AUGGACAUCGCCGACUUCUCAACCACCCAGCUCGCCCUCCUCACCACCGAGCGCAAUGCCGACAUCACCCAGCAGACCACGCUCAUCUCGCAGCUGCCCCCCACGGCGCUCGUCCGCCAUGGCCUCGCGAUAACAAACCUGCUCCCGGCCUCGCAGCGCACGGGCUUCGGCGGCCGCACCAUCCUCGAGCUCGAGCCCGACAACGCCAUCGUCAGCGACGGGAAGAUCCCGCCCCACGGCGUACGGCAGGGUGAUAUCGUCCGCGUCGAGGUGCAGCCGGGCGGCAGCGCGACAAAGAAGGAGAAGAGCGAGCUGAGCGACAACGGCGUGGAGGGCGUGGUCCACAGGGUGUUUGAGGGGCGGAUCGCGGUGUCGGUGAGCCCAAAGAGCGAUGAUGGCGGGGGUGUCGACCGUGUGUUGACGGCGGGGAAGAGGCUGUGGGUGGUGAAGCUGGCGAACGAGGUGACGUUCAGCCGCAUGGAGAAGACGAUGGGGCUGCUGAAGGGGAUUGGGGAGAGCGGUGGGGGAAGCGGGCUGGUGGACGUGCUGUUUGGGAGGAGGACACCGGCGGUGCUGAAGAGCGGGCAUGAGAGAGAGGAUAUCUCCUGGUUCGACGGGGGGCUCAAUGACAGUCAGAAAGAGGCCGUCGGGUUUGCUCUUGCCAGUCCGGAAGUCGCGCUCAUCCACGGCCCCCCAGGGACAGGAAAGACGCAGACACUCCUCGAACUGAUCCUCCAGCUUGUUACGCCCCCUCCUUCGUCCUCCGGUGAACCCGCGACACCAAAGAAGAUCCUCGUCUGCGGCCCUUCAAACAUCUCCGUCGAUAACAUUGUUCUCCGUCUCCCGGCUGCCCUCCCCAUCAUCCGUCUUGGACACCCCGCACGUCUCCUCCCCCGCGUCCUCGAGCGCUCCCUCGACGCCCUCACACGCACCUCCGAGGCCGGCGAGAUUGUGAGCGACGUCCGCCGCGAGAUGGACGACCUCCUCUCCAAGCUCAACGCCGCCGGAAAGUCCCGCAUCAAGGGGAAAGCCCGUAAAGACGGCUGGUCCCAGGUGCGCGAUCUCCGCGGCGAGUACCGCCGCCGGGAGGACAAGUGCGUGACGGAGGUUGUGCGCGGGAGCAAGGUGGUGCUGUGCACGCUGCAUGGCGCGGGCAGUAGACAGAUCCUGAGCGAGAAGUUUGAUGUGGUGAUCAUUGACGAGGGCUCACAGGCGCUGGAGGCGCAGUGCUGGAUCCCGCUGCUGAUGACGAGGGGCGGCGUGCAGAAGCUGGUCAUCGCCGGGGACCCCAUGCAGCUGCCGCCGACGAUAAAGAGUGUUACCGGCAGCAUGUCUGCGCCGGUGCUGGACAAGCCGGCACACAAAACGGAGGUGCCUGACAGUCUGGAAGUCACGCUAUUUUCGAGGCUGCUGACGCUGCAUGGCGAGGGCAUAAAGAGGCUGCUGGACACGCAGUACCGCAUGCACGCGGACAUCAUGGCGUUCCCGUCAAAGGAGCUCUAUGGCGGACUGCUGAUUGCGCAUGAGAGUGUGAAGGAGCAUCUGCUCACCACCCUGCCCUACGAGGUCCAGGAGACGGAAGACACGGCGGCCCCGGUGGUCUUCAUCGACACGCAGGGCGGCGAGUUCCCGGAGGAUGUGGCGGGCGACCCGGUGAAGUCCAAGGCGGUGGCACUUGCGUCAGAGUCCCGCUCCAACCUGCUGGAGGCAAGGCUGGUGGCGCUGCAUGUAAAGGCGCUCAUUGACGCUGGCGUGAGGGAGGGGGAUGUGGGCGUGCUCACGCCCUACAAUGCCCAGGUUGCGCUGAUAUCAAAGUUCCUGCGCGAGGCGUAUCCGGGCGUGGAGGUCAACAGUGUCGACAGUUUCCAGGGGCGGGAGAAGGAGGCAGUGGUGAUAUCACUCGUGAGGUCGAACGAGAAGCGCGAGACAGGGUUCCUGAAGGAUGUCAGAAGGAUCAAUGUCGCGGUGACGAGGGCGAGGAGGCAUUUGUGCGUAGUGGGCGACUCGGAGACGGUGGGGCGUGAGAGGGGCUUUCUGAGGCGGUGGAUGGAGUGGCUGGGCGACGAAGCGGUGGUGAGGUAUCCCGAUGUGGGGGAUGUCCUGGGGGGGUGGGUGGCGGGGCUGAAUGUCGUGGAGUAG